CAGCGCGAGGCGGGGCAGCCGUCGCGACCUGGCGCAGCCUUCGGCACUGUAGCUCCUCGCGCUCAUAGUACGUUUGAAAGCCGGUACAGCAUGCCGCCAGACAGCUCUGACAAGGUCUCGCCUGAUCCGCGGCUAGAGAGACGGCCAUUGUCAACGGUAUCGGUUCGGUUGGCGGCGGGUGGUAGAAUUCAGGUACUAUUUAUUAAGCCCAUGCCUCCCAGGCAUGAUGUCUACUUUACACUACUUUCCCUGUACCAUUGCUUUGAUACCCUCUGUACCUUGAUUCACAACAUACCUGCAGAUCCAAAAUGAACCCAAACACACAGACAGCGCCUGAGGUUCAGGAGAAUGGCUCGCACCGCUUUGACCCUAACUUCACCGACGCCGUCAUCAACGCUAUCGGACCAAAUGUGCCAGACCGGACGCGUUUUGUCAUGGGCAAACUGAUCAGGCAUCUUCACGACUUCAUCCGCGAGGUCGAGCUGACCAACGAGGAGUGGUUUGAGGGUGUGCGAUUUGUAAACUCCAUUGGCAAGACCACAACAGCCACCAGGAACGAGGCGCAUCGCAUCUCAGAUGUUCUGGGUGUAGAAUCAUUGGUCGACGAGAUCGCACACAAGCACAUCAACGAGUCUGGCGAGACACCCACCUCCUCCACAAUCCUCGGCCCCUUCUGGUCACCACACUCGCCAUUCCGCGACCUGGGCGACACCAUCAUCCGGAACCCGCACCCCGAUGGCCAAACGACUCUUAUGCACGGUGUAGUCAUGGACCUUGACACCAAAAAGGGCAUCCCCAACGCCGUCAUCGACAUCUGGCAAGCGAGCGCAAACGGAAAGUACGACUUCCAGGAUCCCGAGAACCAGGAGCCCAACAACCUGCGCGGAAAGUUCACCACAAACGAGAAGGGCGAGUACUGGUACUACUGCUACAAGCCAACAGCGUACUCGCUGCCAACCGAUGGCGCCGCUGGCCAACUCUUCAAGACACUCGACCGCCAUCCCUUCCGUCCCGCGCACAUCCAUCUCAUGGUCUCAGCAGAGAACUACAAGCCGCUCAUCACACAAUUAUACCCCCGUGACGAUCAGUGGGUCACGAACGACACUGUCUUUGCCGUCAAGGACGAUCUGCUGCUAGACUUUGAGCCUAGCAAGGACCCCAAGGCGAAACUCGACUUGACAUACAAUGUUACGCUUGCACCGGCGGGUAAGAAGACAACUAGAUUGGAAGCAAAACUCGUUCGCUCUCCAACCCGUCCCGUCAUACCCACCACCCACCUACGACCCUUCAGCUCUACAACCGUCCUCAAAAUGCGCGUUCCCUACGCCCCAAGCACGCCCCCAAAUGAAGAAGCCCGCCCAAUUUAUGAGCGCAUCGCCGAGCGACGAAAGCCCCGCCCCCUCAUCCCGCUCGACCUCGCCCUUUUACACAACCCCGCCGUAGCAGACGGCUGGAACUCUUUCAUCGGAGCAAUCCGCACGCAAACCAGCUUACCAGCCAACCUAAAAGAGCUAGCUAUAAGUCGCAUCGCGGUGCUGAACCACGCAGUCCACGAGUGGGACGUGCAUGCCGCUCUGGCGCUGAAAGCAGGUGUUUCCAAACAAGUGCUGCAGACUGUCUUCGACUUACCCGCCACGAAACGCGGGAUGGUGGAGAGAGAGGGGCUGUUGGGAUUCAGCAAGGAGGAAUAUGCGGUCAUGGUUUAUACGGAUCAGAUGACUGUGGGUGUGCAGGUUGAAGAUAUGGUUGCGGACAUGGUCAAGGGCGUGUUGGAGAAUACCAUGGUUGUUGAGUUGACGGCGACGGUUGCGGCGUAUAAUGCUGUGAGCAGAUUUUUGGUCGCGCUGGAUGUGGGGGAGUCCCGCCACGCAUCCACCAAGCACCCCAAAGCCUUCACACCCCCCUCGCAAUCCGACCUCGACGAACUCCGUGACUCUGUCCGCGACUUUGCCCAGCGCGAGAUCCCCGAAGAGCUCGCGGCUCGCACAGACAAACAGAAUGAAUUCCCCAACGAAAUGUGGCAGAAGUUUGGCGAAGCGGGUUUCCUAGGCAUAACCGCGGAUGAGGAGUUCGGCGGACUGGCAAUGGGCUACCAAGCCCACUGUGUCGUUAUGGAGGAGCUAUCACGGGCGAGCGGCAGCAUAGGACUGAGUUAUGCGGCGCACAGCCAGUUGUGUGUCAACCAGUUGAUGUUGAACGGGAACGCAGAGCAGAAGAAGAAAUACCUACCUGGUUUGAUCAGUGGGGAAAAGAUCGGGGGGCUGGCUAUGAGUGAGCACAGUGCUGGGAGUGAUGUUGUUAGUAUGAAGAGUACGGCGAAGGAGGUGGAUGGUGGGUAUUUGCUUAAUGGGACCAAGAUGUGGAUUACAAAUGGGCCAGACGCACACGUAAUAGUCGUCUACGCCAAAACCGAACCCAACGCCGCCUCCAAAGGCAUCACAGCCUUCAUCCUCGAGACCUCCACCCCCGGUUUCAGCCUCGCGAACAAACUAGACAAACUGGGUAUGCGCGGCUCCAACACCGGCGAACUCGUUUUCGAAAACGUCUUCGUCCCCAAGGAAAACGUCCUAGGCGAGAUCAACCGCGGCGUCCGCGUCUUGAUGGAGGGCCUGGAUCUCGAGCGCCUUGUACUCUCAGCGGGGCCGCUGGGUCUCAUGCAGGCUUCGCUUGAUAACGUCCUUCCUUAUACACAUCAAAGAAAGCAGUUUGGUACGCCCAUUGCGCAUAACCAGCUUGUGCAGGGCAAGCUCGCGGAUAUGUACACGAAAUAUCGGGCUAGUCAGGCGUUCACAUACAGUGUCGCCCGCGCUGUGGAUGAGUCGCAUGCUAGUCCUGAUAUCAAGACUCAGGACUGUGCAGGAGCAAUUCUGUAUGCGGCAGAGAGGGCGAGCGAGGUCGCGGCUGAUGCGGUGCAGUUGAUGGGUGGCAUGGGAUACAUGAACGAGGUGCCCGUUGGCAGGAUACUUAGGGAUGCCAAGUUGUAUGAGAUUGGCGCUGGGACGAGUGAGGUGAGGCGAAUGGUUAUUGGACGGGCGUUUAACAAGGAGUGGAAGCAGGACAUGUGAAAUUAGAAGAUCAAUGAGGUCAUGCGUAUAAGAGACAAAAGUUAAAUACCCGUUAUGGAGUGUGUGUAGGAAUGAAAAACACGUCCGCCUUCAGAUGA